GAUACAGGAAGAUACUACAGUCAGUGGGACCUUAUCAUCCAAGUGACGUCGUAUAUGAUCAAUCCCUACUUGUAAUAAUCUCAAAGCAAAGAAGCAAUUUCAGCCGAAUUCCCAGGACUACUCUGGAGGCAACUGUGGGACGGUCAGUCUACUGUGUUGACAAGGUGGAGAAAUGUGCAUACGCAGACAACAAGGGGUGUGGAAUUAAGCACAGGAGAGAAAAGAUGCCGAAGAUGAAGCAGUAAAGAAGAGCUAGUUUCUGGGCCUUUGCAGACUUCCUGCUGCAGCAGUUGAAGACCUGGCCACGAUGACAAUGAAAGGUUUGUCCAGCAGUCGCAGUCACCAUCACACAGUGACCUGCGACCCUUCUUACGACUCGAUGACCCUGGGACACUCAGAUCGUCGGUCCUACUUCCUAAACUCUGGGGAUGCUCAUCCUGCUGACCACCCUUGCUAUACCCAAAGGAACUCCUUCCAGUCUGAGUGCAGUACCUAUCCUGAUCUGGCCAGCUGCACUUUCCCUCGCAGACAGUACAGCUCUCACCAUGAGCUAAAGGAGGAGUGUGGUGCUUUGGUGCCUUACACUGGGCCGAGCAGUAAGGGAGGUGGAGGAGGAAACAACAAUCGCAUCCCCUCUAACCUGCUAGAGCAGUUUGAGAGCCAGGCACCAUUGCGGCGUGAAGGCUACCACACACUGCAGUAUAAGCGCACUGCUGUGGAGCACCAACGCAGUGACAGCCCCGGUCGAAUCCGCCACCUCGUUCACUCGGUCCAGAAGCUUUUCACCAAGUCACACUCCCUGGAGGGGCCCUCAGGGUCUGGUGGAGGAGGAAGUGGGAGGAUGAAUGGCAGCAAAUCCAGUCCUGAUGAUCCACCAUCAUCCUCUGGCACCUUAAAGCACAGCAAGCGCAGUAAGAGCAAAGACCGCUCCAAGUCAGAGCCUAAGAUGCGCUCUGCCAUCUCAGGCUACUGGAGCUCAGAUGACACGCUUGACCGGGAAGUGUGCCUCUACCAUCAUCAACAUGCGGGCAACAGUGGAGGCCUGCCCUCUGGGGUCAUGACUAUGGGGCGUCAUCCAGAAAAAUCCCAGUCGCAGUAUUUCAUGGAGUCCUAUAACACUAUCAGCGCCCAGUCUCUCAAGACGUCACGUAGCAACAACGAUGUGAAGUGCUCAACGUGUUCGGGGGGCAGCGGUGGAGGGCUGCCGCUGAUGAGUGCGCUCGAUGGCCAAGUUCAGCUGAAGAAGAGCUCAUGGUCUUCUACUCUGACGGUGAGCAGAGCAAGAGAAGUCUACCAGAAGGCCUCAGUCAACCUAGAUAAAGCUCUGGUGAAAGCCGAGCAGGGACGCACUUGCCACUUCCUUCAGGUGCCUCAGGAUGAGUGGAGCAAUUUCUCUCCGCUGGGGAAAGAUGACGAGAUUCCAUGCCGGCGGAUGCGCAGUGGCAGCUAUAUCAAAGCCAUGGCUGAGGAGGACAGCGGCGACUCGGACUGCAGCCCCAAACCCUCGCCCAAGGUCCAGGCACGACGAGCCAGCUACCUGAAGGCCACGCAGCCGUCUCUCACAGAGAUGACUACGCUCAAGAUUUCCACAGAGCACUCACCCAAACUGCAGAUCCGGAGUCACAGCUAUCUGCGGGCGGUGAGUGAGGUUUCCAUCAAUAGGAGUCUGGACAGCUUGGACCCAGCAGGGCUGCUGGCUUCGCCUAAAUUCCGCUCCCGAAACGAGAGCUACAUGAGAGCAAUGAGCACCAUCAGCCAGGUGAGCGAGGUGGAGGUGAAUGGGCAGAUCGAGGCGGUGUGUGAGUCAGUGUUCAGUGAGAUGGAGUCACAAGCAGUGGAUGCCCUAGACCUGCCCAUGCCUGGGUGUUUCCGUAUGCGGAGCCACAGCUACGUGCGUGCCAUCGAGAAAGGCUGCUCACAGGAAGAGGAAGAGGGGAGCGUAACAGCGGGAAGCAGGAGGACCAACUCACCCCCACGCACCACCACCACUGUUAGAACCAUCCAGAGCAGCACAGUGUCAUCAUGCAUCACCACCUACAAAAAGACCCCUCCUCCGGUCCCACCACGAACUACCCCAUCCAAACCUUUUAUAUCGAUCACAGCCCAAAGCAGCACCGAGUCCGCCCAGGAUGCGUACAUGGACGGGGGUCCCGGCACACGAACGGGUAUCAGCUCCCAGCCGGGCCUGUCCAACUCUACAGAGAGCAUCGAUAGCAUGAAGGCCCUGACAGCAGCCAUAGAGGCAGCUAACGCUCAGGUGCACGGCCCUGCGAGCCAGCACGUCACCAACAGCACCAUCACCAUCACUGCCACCGCCACCACUUCCGCAGUUGCACACGUCUCCGCGGACACCAAGGCGCAGAGAGAAGCUCUCCGCAAGUGCCUGUCCAUAGGGAUCCAGGUGGACCCAGAAGAAGGAGGGCCCACAGAGGAGCAGUCUAAAUUCCAGUCGAUAGGAAUUCAGGUGGAGGACGAGCGAUGUCACCGCAGAAUGACCCGCUCCAACAGUGUAACCACAGCUGUGCAGGCUGACCUCGACGACCCAUCAGACGCUCCGGACCUGCCGCCGCGUCUCUGCGCCACCAUGCCGCGCCAGCACUCACACGAUGCUGCCACUUCCACCGUCAGCAUCCAGGGCUCUGGGAACCACUACCACGCUUGUGCCGGAGAUGACUACGGGGAGGUGGGCUUUGACCCGUCCAUCCUGCCUCCUCCUGACCCCUGGAUGGACAACGUACCUGAACCAGAGGGCGAGGCUCUGGAGGCGGUCGGGCGAUCGGUGUGCCCGCGUGACGGCCGCUGGUUCCUCAAGUUGCUGCAGGCUGAGACAGAGCGUAUGGAGGGCUGGUGUAAACAGAUGGAGCAGGACGAGAUGGAGAAUGAGCUGCCUGAAGAGAUCCUGGGUAAGAUCCGCAGUGCAGUGGGGAGUGCCCAGCUGCUGAUGUCCCAGAAGUUCCAGCAGUUCCGGGAGCUGUGUGAGGAGAAUCUGAAUCCAAAUGCGCACCCACGGCCCGUCUCUCAGGACUUGGCUGGAUUCUGGGACAUGCUCCAGCUGUCCAUCGAGAACAUUAGCCUGAAGUUUGAUGAACUCCACCAACUGAAAGCCAACAACUGGAAACCUCUGACUCCUCCAGAAAUUCAGGAGAGAAGGAUGCCUCCUCCUGUGCCAAAGAAGCCCCAGAAGGGCCACCCUCCCCUGGCUAGGGACCGCUCCCUGGAGAGCUCUGAGCGCCAGCGUCUGGAGGCUCGCAAACGCCUGCUAGCUGCCAAACGCGCCGCGUCAGUUCGGCAGAGCUCUGCUACCGAGAGUGCAGACAGUAUCGAAAUCUAUAUUCCUGAGGCUCAGACCAGACUAUGAGACACACAAACUCAUAUAACAACACACAGGUCUAGUACACUGUCCCAUAAACACAAUAGCACUGAAUGGUAAAGCUACGGUGCUAACAUACUGUAACAUAAACACAUUUUUUGCAGACUUCCCAGAUCACUGUGAAGUCAGUUGCUAUGGAAGCUGGUUGAAGAAAUAAUGUACACUUACAAUAUUUAUUUAUUAAUUAAUUAAUUUAUCUUUCUGUCUCUUCUUCCCUUCAUUUCCUUCUCCCAGCUUUGAUGUAGCACUCCCUCUGUUCCUUGUACCUCCACCUGCUCGUUGCUCCCAAAGAAUUAUCUCACUAAUCCCCACGUUUUAAGUGACCUGAUAUUACAAAGAUAAGCCUGGUGUAGCACAGCAGUGUUGCUUCACACGGAUAUGUUUCAGGAGCCCAGGACGCAAUAACACGGUGGAGGGAUUCUGUGCGUGUGUAGGUGCUUAUAUGUCUAUACGUGCAAACACACAGGUAGUUGUAAGUGAUGUGUUUAAUCUAUCAGAUCAACUGAAGAGACCAGACCAGAAUCAUUCUUGAUAUUUAUUAUGUUAUAUUUUCUAUUUAAAAAAAUCUAGUUUUUAAAAAGAAAUCAAUAUCUGACUCUAAGAGUACUACAGCCACAAAAGUCUGUGUUUUGUCUAUUGAGGUCACAUUUUAAAACGUAAUAUUAAAAAGCCUGCUUAUAGAGGCAGCUGGUAACACAGUUCACCUUCUGCCUGAAAGUGGGUCCUUCCAGUUGCAAGAGGGCGACUCUAUAGGAAAGGUCAAGAGGUUAGAUUUUGCUCCUCCAGGUUCAGCAAAGUGGCUCCUCAGACAGUAGGAGUUAGGUUUUCGGCCUCUGCAAAGAGUGCAGUACCCUGAAAGGUUCCCAAAAAAUGCCACAAACCGAAUAUGUGUUGUAUGUGUGACAGAAUGAGCGUGUGCGUGUUUUGGUUAACUUGUUUGUUUCAAAAGUGCUUCCUAUUUUUCUAGGUCUAAAGGGUCCUAGCUGUAAUCGAAGAUUAAGGUAGCAGCAUCAGCAGACUGUAAAACAAAUCACCCGUCUUGUCUGAAUUGAGACUGAGCAGAACAAGUUUGUAUAAAGGAUAUAUAAUGACAUGAAGUGCAUGCUUACACAAGGUAACUGAUAUUUUUGUCUUUUUUAACAGAUUUAUUCCUUACUCACACCACGUUUAAACUCUUCAGUGUAACAGACUAAGCUAAAGGACUCAUAUGUGGUACAAUACUGGUAGUUGUACGAUAUUUUAUUAUGUCAUUUUUAGACAAGAAGAGUUUAUGGACAGUAUUGAGACUACGGGACUGAGAAAGGACUAUUUCUCCUCACUGUGUGUGCACUCCCUCUGCCUCUAAACGAAGCAAUUAUUUGAAGGUCAUAAAGAAA